GAGCGUGCGUCAGCUGGGAUAAAAGUCGUCUUCUGAUUGGACAGAAGCCGACGUGGGCUUUCCUGAGCUCGCGCCCUGUUUGUCCUUCUCCGCGUCUCCAUCUCUCUCUGACUACGACACCAGCUUCCUGCCUGUGUUUCUCGCUUCUGUAACAAUUUGUCAACAUGACCCACGCACAUCCCUUCCUGAGCGCUGAGCAGAAGAAGGAGCUCAGUGAUAUUGCUCAGAGGAUCGUGGCUCCUGGGAAAGGCAUCCUAGCAGCUGAUGAGUCCACAGGCAGCGUUGCCAAGCGCUUCCAGAGCAUUAAUGCGGAGAACACGGAGGAGAACAGGAGGCUGUACCGCCAGCUGCUCUUCACGGCGCCCGAGAAGGUCAACCCCUGCAUCGGAGGGAUCAUCUUCUUUCACGAGACACUCUACCAGAAGACGGAUGAGGGAAAGCCCUUCCCCCAGCUGGUCAAGGAGAAGGGCAUAGUGGUGGGCAUCAAAGUGGACAAGGGCGUGGUUCCUCUGGCCGGCACCGAUGGGGAGACCACCACCCAAGGUCUGGACGGGCUGUACGAGCGCUGCGCUCAGUACAAGAAGGAUGGAGCCGACUUCGCUAAGUGGCGGUGUGUGCUCAAGAUCACCGCCAACACGCCUUCCCAGCUGGCCAUCAUGGAGAACGCCAACGUGCUGGCCCGCUACGCCAGCAUCUGCCAGAUGCACGGCAUCGUUCCCAUCGUGGAGCCCGAGAUUCUCCCAGACGGAGACCAUGACCUGCAGCGCUGCCAGUAUGUGACCGAGAAGGUGCUGGCGGCUGUGUACAAAGCCUUGUCUGACCACCACGUGUAUCUGGAGGGCACCCUGCUCAAACCCAACAUGGUGACGGCCGGACACUCCUGCCCCAAAAAGUACAGCCCUCAGGAGGUUGCCGUGGCAACCGUUACCGCAUUGCGCAACACGGUGCCGCCAGCCGUGCCAGGUGUGACCUUCCUGUCCGGUGGUCAGAGUGAGGAGGAGGCCACCGUCAACCUGAACGCCAUGAACCAGUGUGCUCUGCCGCGCCCCUGGGCUCUCACCUUCUCCUAUGGCCGGGCCCUGCAGGCCUCGGCGCUGAAGGCGUGGGGAGGCAAGAAGGAAAAUGGCAAGAAAUGCCAGGAGGAGUACGUGAGGAGAGCCCUGAACAACAGCCAGGCAGCUCAGGGGAAGUACGUGUCCUCUGGAGGGAAGGGAGCAGCCGACCAGGAGUCUCUGUUUGUAGCCGACCACGCUUACUGAGGCCAGCCGAGCUGCUUCAGUCUGAAGAGGCCAAAACCUGCUGACAGACCUCAACUCUUAAUGCGAUAUUAAUUAAUGAGGGAAAACAACCUUCUUUGUAACAGAACCUUCAAGCCCGGUCCAAUUACUUACAGCCCGUUCCGACCCCGUACAGACAGACGUGUGGUCAUGAUAUGCCUUCAUUUCUCAAACCGCUACAGAGGACGCACAUGUACUGUUCAGUGAGACUUGUCAAAAUAAAAGCUUCUAUGUGAAACCACA